AUGGAUAGGCGUAUUUCUGCCUUGGAGGAACUGCGUCGUGAAGGCAAGCAGGCCCCCUCUACUGUUAACAAUUCCAGUGCUACAGUGUCUUCCGGAUUGGGCACUAGAGGAAAGAGGGCAAUUUCAAACACAACGCCCGGUCAGAAAUCAGAUGUUGAAAAGCGAUUGAAGGCUGUGGAAGAAAGGUGAGUUAAUGAAAUAGAAUAAUCAAGUUAAACGCUCCCUAAUCUUAGCAUUAGAAAUCGAUCAGUCAGUUUUCGUAUAGAAUUGCGUGGAAAUCAGGAUGAUUUUUUAAAAUCAUCCUGAUGGUCAUACUAUUAAAAUAGUAUGACCAUUAAGGGGAAAGGGUCAGUGUGCCUUUUUUGCAUUAACAGACUCUAAAUUUAUGUGGUAAUGAGUUAAGGGAACUUAUGAAGAGGAAAGUAAAAUAAUUAAGGCUAGGAAAAGAAAAGAAAACUAAAACGUUGGUCCCUCGAAGUUUUCUGUCAAGAUGUUGUUAACAAAUAGGCUUCCACGACCGCCUGGCCCACAAUUACUAAUGAACAGUGGCGCUUCGCUAGAGUCGUCACAAUAUCAGGACCUACUAACAAGCUCUGUUUUGUUAAACAGAGAAUUUCAACUGAGCAGCUUAGAAUUGUCAUUUUAUAUAAAAUUGUGCCAGAAAUAUCAUUAUGCCACUGAUAAAAAUUACGUAAAUUGGAUUUAUAAUAUUUGAUUUCAAACAUCCGCUGCCUCUUCACCCUUCCAUGUUUAUGAAGUUAACUUUUUUGGCAUGGAGCUUUGUUCGCAAGAGUCCGGGGGAAGUAUUCCUGGGAAAUCCUUGUAGGGGUGUGCCGCCCGUUUCUCCAAAUCCUGACCCUAUUUCAGAGCAAAGAAAUGUCUUUUUCCACACCCGUUUUCACACCUUGCCUCUAAAAUCCAUACCCGUUUCCAGACCUAGCCUUUAGGCAGAAAUUAUGUCAUAAUUACUUAGAUUAGAACCCUAGCAAAAAGAUUUCUUUAAGUCCGUUUCGAAUUCGCAUAUUUCUCUUUCUUUCUUAUUCAUUUGGAAUUGAAACGACAAAUACAUUCAUACACUCCCGUUGUUCCCUCGAAAACCAUACCCGAUCCGUGGAGACGUGCAUGACAUGAUUCUGAGAAUGAAAACCGAAAAAUCGCGGUUCUCAAUGAUCGAAAAGGGCAACACAUCUUGUUUAUGGCCAUACAUUUACAGACUUUUUGUUGUAACUAAUUUGAAACUUCGAAAAUGUUGUAUCCUUCUAAACUGUGCCAACUAUGACAAGAAAAAACUUUAAAUGCCCUUUAUAAUUGAGACGUAAAACAGAACUGUAACAAAACCGCGAAAAUUGACAUUAACCGCUAAGGAAAUUAAUGAAAAUCCGCAAAGAUCAAGAGCUUAGGACUGCAAAACUGAAAAACCCAACACUCAAUUAACCUCAUCAUGUCUUCUCUUUUUUUUUUCUUUCAGGGUCGGAGCGCUAUUUAACAGGUCGGGAUUUUUUCCCAGCAAAUUGAGGGUCCAAAAGCGCUAUUCCUACAUAAUUCGAGGUAUUGUGAUUCACACGUAGCGUGAAAAAAGUUGGAAUUCUUUCUGGUCUUUUGAGGGCUCUGAUGUGUAAAAUGGUAACUGGGAUUUCCCAAAAGAUAUGAUCUCUUGGAUUUGCUUAUUUUUUUCACUAGAAAAAUGAAGUUGAGUUCACUAGAACUAGGAUUGGUUUGUUUGUUUGUUUGUUUGUUUGCCACUGCCUACUGAGACAAACUAGGGACAGUAAGAUCAGAAAAAAAGUAAGCCUGGGAAUAUGGGAUUUGUCAUAUCAAACACACAGAAAAUGGAAGAAAAUUUAGCUUUCCUUGAGACUUGAUCCAAUACUGUGUUGCGUUUUUUCAAGGCAUGUGAAUAACUUAACUUUAAAUUUCGUUUCAUUACAGGACGGGACGGCCGCGAUGGAAAGGAUGGCCCAACAGGUCCACCAGGAUUGCCUGGAAAACCAGGGAUACCAGGCAACCCUGGAUUACCUGGUGUUGGAUCCCCUGGGAAAGCUGGGCCGCCUGGUAAGGACGGUCCACCUGGCAAAUCUGGGGCAAAAGGUACUCAACUUUGAUUAACUUUAUAUUUCUUUAACAGAGAGAAAAGUAACAGUAAAUGUUAUCUUCACAGGGUCUAUCUAGAUUAUGUUUGUAGCUUUAGUUUAAUCCUGCAAACACAAUUGAAGGAGACAUUUCUCACAAAAUCUUUCAACCUUGUAUUUCUGACUACUCACAGGAGAUGCUGGUAAGCCGGGUAUUAACAGACCUUUUCCAGGCCCUCCCGGUCCCAAAGGAGAGAGAGGUUCUGCUGGAAGUCCUGGGUUGAAAGGGCCUCAAGGACCAAAAGGCGAAAACGGAAAGGAAGGAGCUGGGAAGUCUGGAGUGAAAUAUGUUCGUUGGGGAAGGACCACUUGUCCAGGAGGUGCUGAUUUGGUUUACAAAGGUAUGUCGACUCAGUCUUUUAUAUAUUAAGACAUUUUUCUUUACGAUCUGAUUCAUGAAAAAAUAAAUAGAUAAAUAAAUGAAUGAAUAAAUACAUAAACAAAUACAUAAACAAUUUUUGUCUCCACAUGCAGUUAUGCUUCAAAUUUAUUCUGCCAUUGUGCUUAAUACUUUGCAGGUAUAAUAGGUGGAGAACGUCACAAUCAUCCAGGUGGUGGAGCUAACUACCUGUGCCUUCCACACAAUCCCAAGUAUGACAGGUAUAGCGAUGGCAAUCACCACUCAGCAUACAUGUUCGGAACCGAGUAUGAAGUCCCUCAGUACAAUGGAAACCCCUUCAAAAGUAAUCUCUAUAAACACGACGCACCUUGUGUUGUCUGCUUUGUCAAAUUACGUGGUUCAUUGCUGAUGAUGCCCGCAAGGAACGACUGUCCAUCUGGAUGGACCAAGGAGUAUCACGGGUACCUGAUGACUGAACAUCACAACCACCCGAACCAAAAAGAUUUCGUCUGUGUUGACAGAGACCCAGAGUAUGUUCCUGGUAGCCACGCCGGCCGAAGGGAAGCUUUGCUGUACCCUGUAGAAGGUGCUUGCGGCUCACUACCGUGUCUUCCUUAUGUUCAGCAUCGAGAACUGACAUGCGCUGUGUGCACAAAGUAGAUUUAAGCUGUAAUAUAAUAUCUGUAGAAUAAAAGUAAACCAAAGGAGAGAAAAAAAUUAAUAAAGUAUCGUAGUCAAUAUGUGUUGAUGUCAGAGUUGAUGUAAAGGUGAUAUAAUUCGCAAAAAAACUGAUACUUCGAAGGGUGCGCCAAUCCAUUCUUUCCCCCAUUUAUCGUAGUCCGACUGACGCAGCUGAUUUUGCAUUAAAAAAGUGACUUUUACCGAAGCUUACCGAUAGUCGCCCGCUAGCUAAUGGAUGUUUGGUGAAUGUUUGGUUCUCGAACCCAGGUGACAACCCAUCUAUGCUCCGGCAUGGAAUGGUCUCUAAAUCUCAUGUAUCCCAUAGCAACAAAAUACUUAUUUCAGCCUCUCUUUGCAAGCUCAUUCGUCAGCACUCCAGUUUAAAGGCUUACAUGAUAAUAAUAAUGCUACAGUACAACUCGAAAUCUAACUUUCUCCAAAACGGCAUCAAAAUGCAACUAAAGAAGCCAAAUGACUGUACAAAACACAAUACAAACAAAAGGUAACUCAUUUUUAUCUUGAGACUUUUAAAAAAGCGGAAUUUAGAACAUAUUUUAUUUCUUGUCAUACAUUCUUUUAUAAAAUUCAAUUUCCUACGAGCUCCCAUAGAGAGCCUGGGCUUUCGUUGUUGGCACUUUCCGGAUUUGAUGGCCUACGUACACGGAGGUAACAUGUGAAUAGUUUCUGCAUGGUUCCUUUUAUUGUCCUGGCAGUCAUUUAUAGAGAUCUGAGGAGUGAAUAUAGAUGUAUGUUCAAUUUAUUGUAAUAAUUGUAUUUAAUAUAUUAAAAGUGCUUUUGUCUAAUACAGCAGUGUUACCCUUAUUCGUGUAGUUGGUCUCCAUGACCAGGAGGCGCCUUGCGUUGUUUGCUAUGUCAAAUCACGUGGUUCAUUGCUGAUGAUGCCUGCACGGAAUGACUGUCCAUCUGGAUGGACCGAGGAGUAUCAUGAGUACCUGAUGACCACAUUAGUUACAACCACCCGAACCAGAAAGACUUCGUCUGUGUUGACAAAGACCCAGAGUAUGUUCCGGGGACUGAUGGGAACAAGGAUGGUGCCUUGCUAUACUUCGUGGAAGGGGGCUGUGGUUCACUUCCGUGCCCUCCAUAUGUUCUGCAUCGAGAGCUGACAUGUGCCGUUUGCACCAAGUAA